UAGUAGCAGGCCGGCGAGACCAGCUCCCGGCCCUCCCGCUCUCCCCUCCAACAACGCCCUUCCUCCCGUCGGCCGCUCUUCUUCCUCCUCCUCUCCUCUGACUUCCCGCGGAGCUCGCGCCUGCCCUGGUUCCCUCCCCGCAAGCCCGUUGCUUCACUGGCUGGAGUGGAGCAGAUUCACCGGCUCUCUUCUCGGUGCUCACUCUAUCAUGUGCUGUGAAAUGAGGCCGGGGUUCGGGUUCGGGUCUGCGCGGCGCGGCAUCUGGAGGAGCUGGCCGGCCCUGUGCUCGCGGCGGCAGCGCUUCGCAUCGUCUCUUUGCUCUGCAAAGAAGCUGCAUGUCGCAGCCACCACUCUGCCGCCGCCCGGCACGAGGAAUAAGAGGAAGGUCAUCGUGAUAUCAGGCCCCACCGGUGCCGGAAAGAGCAGGCUCGCGCUGGAGGUGGCCAGGAGGCUCGGGGGAGAGAUCAUCAGCGCAGACUCGGUGCAGGUGUACCGCAGCCUCGACAUCGGCUCAGCCAAGCCGACCGCUUCGGAGACGAGCAUGGUGCCGCACCACCUCAUCGACAUCAUGCACGCGUGCGACGAUUACUCCGCUGGGAUGUUCUUCCACGACGCGCGAACAGCGACACAAGAUGUUCUUGACAGGGGCUCUGUGCCAGUUGUCGCAGGGGGGACUGGGCUGUACUUACGGUGGUUUAUAUACGGCAAGCCGAAUGUUCCACAAUCAUCCAGCGACAUCAUAUCAAGCGUGUGGUCUGAGCUCGCUGGCUUUCGUGAGAGCGGUCGGUGGGACGAAGCGGUCGAGCUCCUGCUCAAGGCCGGGGAUCCCGAAGCUCGGGACUUGGAUACGAAUAACUGGGCCAGGUUGAGCAGAAGGCUCGAGAUCAUCAGGUCAUCUGGUUCCCCUGCAUCUGCCUUCACCUUACCAUACAGCUCAUUCCAGAAGCAGCAAGACACCAAGCUAACUGAUUCCCCAAUCGAUGAUGCAACCUGUGAAGCGAAAGAACUGGAGUAUGAUUUCCUAUGUUUUUUCCUCGCAUGCCCACGGGUUGAACUCUACAGAUCAAUUGAUUUGAGGUGUGAGGAAAUGCUGGCUGACACAGGAGGCCUUCUUUCAGAAGCCUCAUGGCUUCUUGAUAUCGGGUUGCAGCCGAAUAUGAACUCCGCAAGCCGUGCUAUUGGUUACAGGCAAACCAUGGAGUACCUGUUGCAUUGCAGACAGAACGGAGGCAGUAGCUCCCCAGAGGAGUUCUUGGAGUUCCUGACCAAGUUUCAGCAGACGUCUAGGAACUUCUCAAGGAGGCAAAUGACCUGGUUCCGCAACGAAAAGAUUUACCAGUGGGUUGACGCGUCACAGCCUUUUGAAGAAAUCGUUCAGUUUAUCUGUGACGCUUACAAUGGCUCUGAUGCAAUGGUGCUGCCUGAAUCACUUGAAAUGAAAAGGGAAAGUUGUGUGCACACGAGCAAGGAUCUCAAAACCUAUCGCUCAGAGAACAAGGUGUUCCUUGGGCAUGAAGAGUGUUGUCACGUUUUGGAUUGGAUCAGAAGGACGCAAGGGAAGUGAGGUCCAGUUCUACUCUCUUCUUAUACUUAGUUUUGUUUCCACCAGAAGAAUUAUCCGGCAAUAGGAUUUUCAAUUUUUGAGAGAUUACAACAGGAAUUUUGAGUUUAUAUAUUUUUCUGUUUUCAUCAUAGAUUCAUAAAAAAAAAAGAUGUUUUUUGGAGUGUUUGGAAUGGAAUGAUAAAUUGAUGA